AUGGGCUCGCUCAAGGCUCUGCAGGAGUGGUGUCGGAUCCAGUGCGGGGACUACGACGACGUGGACGUUAAGGACAUGUCCGCGUCCUUCCGGGACGGGUUGGCGUUCUGCGCUAUAAUCCAUCGCUUCAGACCUGAUCUCAUAGACUUCAGCUCACUGUCUAAAGAAAAUGUCUAUGAGAAUAACCGACUGGCGUUUGAAGUGGCUGAGACAGAACUGGGGAUUCCUGCCCUGUUGGACCCAGAAGACAUGGUGUCCAUGAAAGUGCCUGACAGGCUCAGCAUCAUCACAUACGUCUCCCAGUAUUACAACUUCUUCAACAACAAGUCUCAAGCAAACCCGCCUUGCAUGAAGAGGCUGAGUUCUGUUGGUCACAAUGAGCCGGCUCAGAAAAGGCCUCCAACUCCUCUGGACAACAAAGCACUUGAGUCUCAGCCGAGGCAGCCGGCACAGGCCGUCUGGUGCAACACGCUCAGCAGCACCUGCGCCGCCUGCCAGAAACACGUCCACCUGGUGCAAAGGUUUCUGGUGGAUGGCAAACUUUACCACCGCAACUGCUUCAGGUGCACAGAAUGUCACAGCACUCUGCUUCCUGGAUCCUACAAAAUAGGAAGCGGCUCUGGACUGCUGGUCUGUUCAAACCACCUUUCACGUCACGCUUUAACAAGUCAAAAUGGCCGACCAGACCUCAGCAAGAAGCCACCGCCGGCACCACAUGGUGCCGUUCAGUCUGCCAGGAUGAGCACAGAUCCUCACACGUCGCCCUGUCAUAGUGACCAAUCAGAGACUCCUACUGCAGCGAGCCCAACAACUGACACGACAACCGAUAACUCUGGCACCGUAGGCUCUUUAGAAAAAGCCAAAGAGACUGAUGCCAGCGAGGAGGCUGAGGAGACCACGCGUUCUUCUUCUCCUCCCAACCCUUUUGAUGAGAGCGACGAGGACGAGGGAGAGAAACGGGAGGAGACUCCAACGGCGUCGGCCAACGGAGACCUUCCGUCCACCACACCUGACAGUCACCAUGAAGGGACCAGCCGGCCGGUGCCAGCGCCCCGCAGGCCUUCUGAACCCACGCCUCCUCCCCGCCCUGCCCCCCGGGUCCGGUUGCCUCGUACAGCUGAUGGCCUUGUAGCCGGGGAACAUCUGAAGCCCCCAACUCCUCCCAAACCUCGGGAAAGAUCGCAGUCUCCUGGCAGCCUGUCCACUGGCACCCCUAAACCCAAAGACCCACCUUGGCUGGCCUUGGUUCAGUCAGAGUCCAAGAAGAAGAAAGCCCCCCUCCCUCCCGGACUUGCGACCCCCCCCAAUACAGGCUCUCUGUCCUCUCUCAAAGGGGAGGGCUCCAGACCCAGCACGCCUCCUCCGCCGGCCAAUCCGUUCGAGGACGACGUUGAAAAUAAUGAGGAGGUGGAGGGGGAAGAGGCCGGCGAAGGGGGCUCCGUUCCACCCGCCGUGGCUGCUACUCACCCAUGGUACAGCAUCACCCGGCCCGCUGACGCAACAGGUACAAGCGAUCAGCCAAGCGAGGCGGGCUCAUCCCAGUCUGCCAGUGCUGAGAGCGUGAUGGGAAGGAAGCGUCCAGCGCCCCUGGCUCCGCAGCGACCUGCUGGGAACCAAGUCCUCCCUUGCUCUCAGCCCUCCUCUUGCUCUCCUUCUCCAGCUCUGAGCACAGAGAGUUUGUCUUCCGGCUCAGACCACAGCUCCUCCAAACCCUGCUUAAGCAGCGGUGCCAGCGGCGACCAGGACAGCGCCUUCACCAAAAGCAUCUCGGAGCCUUCCAUCUGUUCGCCAUGUGACUCUGGGGCCUCACCUUCUCCUUCCUCCUCCUCCUCCGAGCGUCUGCCUCAGUCUUCCCUAAGCCCCUACCCGUCUCCCAUGCCAUCAAACGCCAGCUCAGCUCCCGCCACCCCACAAAGCAGUCGCAGCUCAGAGAAGAAAUGGGCCAGGUCUCCUCCCCCACGGCCCCCAACAAACCCCAGCCCGCUGGUCACAGAGGCCAGCAAAUCUAACAAUAAGAGGAUCUGCAAGGAGAAUCCAUUCAACAGGAAAGCUUCCCCAUCUCCUGCUAAUUCCAAAACCAAGCCAACAAAAGGCCCUCGUCCCGCCAGACCCCCAGCCCCUGGCCACGGCUUUCCGCUUAUAAAACGCAAAGUGCAGUCAGACCAGUACAUCCCGGUAGAGGACAUCCACGGGGAGAUGAGUCAGCUGGAGAAACAUCUGGAUGAGCUGGAGCACAGGGGAGUGGAGCUGGAAAAGAAGCUGAGAGACGAUCCUAAUGAUGAGGACGAGGAACGCUUGUUGGUGGAAUGGUUCACUCUGAUCCAUGAGAAACAUCUGUUGGUCCGAAGGGAAGCUGAGCUGGUUUACACGGCGAAGCAGCAGAACCUGGAGGAGAGGCAGGCUGAUGUGGAGUAUGAGCUGAGGUGCCUGCUCAACAAACCAGAGAAAGACUGGACAGAGGAGGACAAGAACAGAGAAAAGGAGCUAAUGGCGGAGCUGGUUACCAUCAUUGAACAGCGCAACCAAAUCGUCAACAGCAUGGACCAGGACAGACAGAGGGAAGAAGAGGAGGAUAAACUUAUGGAAGCCAUGCUAAAGAAAAAGGACUUUCAUAAGGACCCAGACAGUGACCAGCAGAAGAAAAAGGGGACAAAGUUCAAACCCAUGAAGGCGCUCAAGCGGCUGAGCCAUAAAGGAGAAGCAGCCAAAGGCCACAGCCCCAGCAAGGACAAAAGCUGACCCACAGUGACACACGCCGAGAGGAUGUAAGUCUGUUUCACCAGGAGUAAGGAAAAGAAAGAGGGAUGUGAGAAAAGAAAUUCAUCAGGUCAAUAUGUUCCAGUGACCUCAUGUUUGUGACUGUGGUGUAAAUGAUUUCAAGAGCAAACCUACAUCUUACUUGAUGCUUCUCCAAAAAGUCUCUUUCUGUUGCAUUUGUGUAAAACAACUCAAGUGCUUUAAGAGCUAAUGUAUUUUUACAAGCUCUCUGAACCGUCAAGCUCGUGUAGAGAGUAGCUUUCUGAAUCCCUGCACCUAUUUUUUUUCUUCGUGCUUCAAUGCACACGGCCACUCUCUUUGUAGAGGAUUAUCAGCAAAAGGUGCGAUUCCUCCAUUUGCCUUGAUAGAAGUUGGCUGCAUGCUAUUAUGUGUAUAUGCACCACCCCUGGUCUGCUCCUGGUAGUCAACUUUGCAGAUGAACGUCUCAGAAGGUUUGGUGUCCGUCUGGUUCAAGUCUGGAGUAAAGGUUGUUUAAAGCUACGCUGCAGAAAACAAACUCUGGACACAUGAGCUCAUCUAGCUGCUAUUUAACGACUGUGUGUUGUUUCCUCCUUUAGUUUUCUCUGUGAUAGGGUAAAAAAAAUGUGUGUGUAUCUACAUACAUGCAUAUACAUUUUUUUUUAUAAAUAGGUGUGACUGGAGACUCUAAUUUUAGGAAGAGAGAACAUUUUUAUUAGGAUGGCAGGUCACAUGCAGUGAUAAAUAUGACAAAAUGCUGAAACGGUAUUUUAACAAAUGGAACAAAACGCACACUCGAAACAGUUGCAGCCAGUUCAAUAUGCAAUUAAGAAUUCAUACUUUACUUCGCCUCUCUGUGUUUCUUGUGUUGCAUUGAAAGCUGAUAGGCUAGUGUGUAUAUUCACAUUGUAUGUUUGUAUAAGUGCCAUGUAUUUAAUUGCUUAUGUGGAUGAGCGUGUGACUAAUUAAGUGUUUAUUGUUUACUUAUUUUGAACUUGGUUCAUCAUGUAUUGUAGUGUCUCUUAUAUGUCUGGGCUUCUGCUGUGUGUCUUUCUUUUCCUGUCCAGCUCAACCCAAGGGCUUUUCUAGCUCUGCACAUUGUCCUAAAACAACAGAAGGAUUAUAUCAAAUACUGACACCUGAAGGCAA